GGGCGCCACCUGGCGGCUGACCACGGGAGGCCCCUGGGGAGGAAGCUCCAGGGACUGCAGAGGGAACGUUCCGCUGAGCGGGCCCCGAGACUUGGAAUUGCACUCCUGAGCCUCGGCGGAAAAGUGCUGGCUGCUUACCAUCAGGACUUCUGCAAAAGACUUCAGUUGAGGAAAGAAGUCCUGAAAGAUGACCCAGAAAUUUCCUUCUCCCUCGCACCUAACAAAAGGCUUUCAAAGCCAUGAGAGAAUGAGGAUGUCAAGAGACCAAAGACGGCCGGGCGCGGUGGUUCACGCCUGUAAUCUCAGCACUUUGGGAAGCGGAGGCGGGCGGAUCGCUUAAGCCCAAGAGUUCGAGACCAGUCUGGGCAACAUGGCGAAACCCCGUCUCUACAAAAAGUAGGAAAAAAAUUAGCUGGGCUUGGUGGCACGCGCCCGUAGUCCCAGCUACUCGGGAGGCUAAUCCAGGAGAAUCUCUUGAACCCGGAAGGCGGAGGUUGCAGUUAGCCGAGAUCGCGCCACUGCACUCCAGUCUGGGCGAGAGAGUGAGACCCUGUCUAGAGAGAGAGAGAGAGAGAGAGAGAGAGAGAGAGAGAGAGAGAGAGAGAGAGACAGAGACAGACCCACGUGCGGCGCUUGGGAAAUUGCGGCUAAGGCAAACUCCUCGCUUAAACUCGGAUCAACUACAGUGUCGGGGCUUCUCUUCUAGCCGGUUGUAAAAGCACGGAUGGAUUUGGCGGGAUGUAAGAUCUCCAGGAGUGGCCUUCGUAGGAGGGAACACGUACUGGGGCCCCUUCCAGGCGACGACGUCUGGAGGGUGAUCUCUCCAUCUUCUUUCUCUCGGUUCACACGCCACGUGUGAAACAUCGGAGAUGCUCAUAAAAUAACCCCUGGCCCGAAAGGGCAGUAGAAAACGGAAAUUUGUUGGCUGGCUUGGAGGAUGCUUCCACCGUGUUCUUCACACGAGCCCCGGGCCUGCCUGUUGGGCCGGUUGCGCACCCCGGGCGCGCGCUCUCCCGCGCCCACGCCGCGCGCACCAGCGGCGGCGGCUGCCAUGGCGACCCGCAGAAGCAGCAGCCGCAGCACCUGAGCCGCUACUGCCGCUCACUCAGGACAACGCUAUGGCUGAGCCUGGGCACAGCCACCAUCUCUCCGCCAGAGUCAGGGGAAGAACUGAGAGGCGCAUACCCCGGCUGUUGCGGCUGCUGCUCUGGGCUGGGACCGCCUUCCAGGUGACCCAGGGAACGGGACCGGAGCUUCACGCCUGCAAAGAGUCUGAGUACCACUAUGAGUACACGGCGUGUGACAGCACGGGUUCCAGGUGGAGGGUCGCCGUGCCGCAUACCCCGGGCCUGUGCACCAGCCUGCCUGACCCCGUCAAGGGCACCGAGUGCUCCUUCUCCUGCAACGCCGGGGAGUUUCUGGAUAUGAAGGACCAGUCGUGUAAGCCAUGCGCUGAGGGCCGCUACUCCCUCGGCACAGGCAUUCGGUUUGAUGAGUGGGAUGAGCUGCCCCAUGGCUUUGCCAGCCUCUCAGCCAACAUGGAGCUGGAUGACAGUGCUGCUGAGUCCACCGGGAACUGUACUUCGUCCAAGUGGGUUCCCCGGGGCGACUACAUCGCCUCCAACACGGACGAAUGCACAGCCACACUGAUGUACGCCGUCAACCUGAAGCAAUCUGGCACCGUUAACUUCGAAUACUACUAUCCAGACUCCAGCAUCAUCUUUGAGUUUUUCGUUCAGAAUGACCAGUGCCAGCCCAAUGCAGAUGACUCCAGGUGGAUGAAGACCACAGAGAAAGGAUGGGAAUUCCACAGUGUGGAGCUAAAUCGAGGCAAUAAUGUCCUCUAUUGGAGAACCACAGCCUUCUCAGUAUGGACCAAAGUACCCAAGCCUGUGCUGGUGAGAAACAUUGCCAUAACAGGGGUGGCCUACACUUCAGAAUGCUUCCCCUGCAAACCUGGCACGUAUGCAGACAAGCAGGGCUCCUCUUUCUGCAAACUUUGCCCAGCCAACUCUUAUUCAAAUAAAGGAGAAACUUCUUGCCACCAGUGUGACCCUGACAAAUACUCAGAGAAAGGAUCUUCUUCCUGUAACGUGCGCCCAGCUUGCACAGACAAAGAUUAUUUCUACACACACACGGCCUGCGAUGCCAACGGAGAGACACAACUCAUGUACAAAUGGGCCAAGCCGAAAAUCUGUAGUGAGGACCUUGAGGGGGCAGUGAAGCUGCCUGCCUCUGGUGUGAAGACCCACUGCCCACCCUGCAACCCAGGCUUCUUCAAAACCAACAACAGCACCUGCCAGCCCUGCCCAUAUGGUUCCUACUCCAAUGGCUCAGAUUGUACCCGCUGCCCUGCGGGGACUGAACCUGCUGUGGGAUUUGAAUACAAAUGGUGGAACACGCUGCCCACAAACAUGGAAACGACCGUUCUCAGUGGGAUCAACUUCGAGUACAAGGGCAUGACAGGCUGGGAGGUGGCUGGUGAUCACAUUUACACAGCUGCUGGAGCCUCAGACAAUGACUUCAUGAUUCUCACUCUGGUUGUGCCAGGAUUUAGACCUCCACAGUCGGUGAUGGCAGACACAGAGAAUAAAGAGGUGGCCAGAAUCACAUUUGUCUUUGAGACCCUCUGUACUGUGAACUGUGAGCUCUACUUCAUGGUGGGUGUGAAUUCUAGGACCAACACUCCUGUGGAGACGUGGAAAGGUUCCAAAGGCAAACAGUCCUAUACCUACAUCAUUGAGGAGAACACUACCACGAGCUUCACCUGGGCCUUCCAGAGGACCACUUUUCAUGAGGCAAGCAGGAAGUACACCAAUGAUGUUGCCAAGAUCUACUCCAUCAAUGUCACCAAUGUUAUGAAUGGCGUGGCCUCCUACUGCCGUCCCUGUGCCCUAGAAGCCUCUGAUGUGGGCUCCUCCUGCACCUCUUGUCCUGCUGGUUACUAUAUUGACCGAGAUUCAGGAACCUGCCACUCCUGCCCCUCUAACACAAUUCUGAAAGCCCACCAGCCUUAUGGUGUCCAGGCCUGUGUGCCCUGUGGUCCAGGGACCAAGAACAACAAGAUCCACUCUCUGUGCUACAACGAUUGCACCUUCUCACGCAACACUCCGACCAGGACUUUCAACUACAACUUCUCCGCUUUGGCAAACACUGUCACUCUUGCUGGAGGGCCAAGCUUCACUUCCAAAGGGCUGAAAUACUUCCAUCACUUUACCCUCAGUCUCUGUGGAAACCAGGGUAGGAAAAUGUCUGUGUGCACCGACAAUGUCACUGACCUCCGGAUUCCUGAGGGUGAGUCAGGGUUCUCCAAAUCUAUCACAGCCUACGUCUGCCAGGCAGUCAUCAUCCCCCCAGAGGUGACCGGCUACAAGGCCGGGGUUUCCUCACAGCCUGUCAGCCUUGCUGAUCGACUUAUUGGGGUGACAACAGAUAUGACUCUGGAUGGAAUCACCUCCCCAGCUGAACUUUUCCACCCGGAGUCCUUGGGAAUACCGGACGUGAUCUUCUUUUAUAGGUCCAAUGAUGUGACCCAGUCCUGCAGUUCUGGGAGAUCAACCACCAUCCGCGUCAGGUGCAAUCCACAGAAAACUGUCCCUGGAAGUUUGCUGCUGCCAGGAACGUGCUCGGAUGGGACCUGUGAUGGCUGCAACUUCCACUUCCUGUGGGAGAGCGCGGCUGCUUGCCCGCUCUGCUCAGUGGCUGACUACCAUGCUAUCGUCAGCAGCUGUGUGGCUGGGAUCCAGAAGACUACUUACGUGUGGCGAGAACCCAAGCUAUGCUCUGGUGGCAUUUCUCUGCCUGAGCAGAGAGUCACCAUCUGCAAAACCAUAGAUUUCUGGCUGAAAGUGGGCAUCUCUGCAGGCACCUGUACUGCCAUCCUACUCACCGUCUUGACCUGCUACUUUUGGAAAAAGAAUCAAAAACUAGAGUACAAGUACUCCAAGCUGGUGAUGAAUGCUACUCUCAAGGACUGUGACCUGCCAGCAGCUGACAGCUGCGCCAUCAUGGAAGGCGAGGAUGUAGAGGACGACCUCAUCUUUACCAGCAAGAAGUCACUCUUUGGGAAGAUCAAAUCAUUUACCUCCAAGAGGACUCCUGAUGGAUUUGACUCAGUGCCGCUGAAGACAUCCUCAGGAGGCCCAGACAUGGACCUGUGAGAGGCACUGCCUGCCUCACCUGCCUCCUCACCUUGCAUAGCACCUUUGCAAGCCUGCGGCGAUUUGGGUGCCAGCAUCCUGCAACACCCACUGCUGGAAAUCUCUUCAUUGUGGCCUUAUCAGAUGUUUGAAUUUCAGAUCUUUUUUUAUAGAGUACCCAAACCCUCCUUUCUGCUUGCCUCAAACCUGCCAAAUAUACCCACACUUUGUUUGUAAAUUA